UGCCUUUUAUUGGCUAAUGCUUAAACACCGCCUUCCUACUCCAAUUCCGCGCCAGGAGCCUCCAAUGAAGUGCCUGCUUGUGCCUGCUGGGCGGGUCCCCGGGCUUUGGCUCUCGCCCAAUCAGAGUCAUUGUUUGUGUGUGGCCGGUGCCUGCCGCAGUAAGAAGAGCCGCACGGAGCCCAGACGCCGCCGCUGCUCUCAGGUGAGACCGGGGAUCCAAGGCCUGAGGAUGGACAGAGUGACAGAAGACUCCCUUCGACUCAACCUCCUGAAGAGGGGUCUGGAGCAGCCUGAUGAUCGAGAGGAUGUCCUGGCCAAGCAGCUGAAGAUGGAGGGACAUGAGGCCAUGGAGAGGCUGAAGAUGCUGGCUCUCCUUAAGAGGAAGGACCUUCCGGGCCUUGAGUUGCCCCAUGAACAUCCGGCCAAACAGGACGGGCUGAAAAUGUACGAGGAGAAGCUGAAUGGCAGCUUGCGGCCUCAUGGGGAUGGUCGGACAAUGGGAAGGCACGGCAAGGAAAACAUCAUUGAGGAGCCAGUAGAUAUGAGCUCCAGGAGAAGUGAGCAGGAUCGAGGGGUGCUCACCCCAUCCCCAGAUAUCAUUGUGUUGUCGGACAACGAGGCCUCCAGCCCCCGCUCUGCCUCCCGAUUAGAAGAAAGGAUCAAGGUGGCCAACCUAGAUAUGUUUAAGGGGAAGAAUAUGGAGGAGCGUCAGAAGCUGAUCAAGGAGCUGAGGGAUGAGCUGAGGCUGGAGGAGGCCCGGCUGGUUCUACUGAAGAAGCUCCGACAGAGUCAACUCCAGAAGGAGAACGUCCUGCAGAAGAAUCCAGUGGCCCAAAACGCUGCUACCAUUGUCCAACCGUCGCCUGCCCACGUGGGCCAACCUGGCCUGUCCAAAAUGCCCUCCCGGCCGGGGCUUCCAGGUCUGGAUACCCAGAGUAUGCGGAGUGUACCGACUCACAGUGUCAUUAGAACGGCCAACUCGGCGCAUCCUCACAUGUUACUGUCCCAGAGGGUCAUUGCCCCCAACCCUUCACAGAUGCCAGGCCAGUGUGGGCCCCCCAAAGCCAACCUGAUCCGCAGCAGCACCCCGAGUAUAAUCCAACCCAUCAGCUACCCGCAGACCAGCUCUACAAUCCAAUGCCAGCGCUCCGCCUCCUCCUCCAUCUACAUGAACCUCGGCUCCCACAUGCCCCCUGUCAACCGAGUGUCGUCCCCACUUCCCAGCCCAAGUGCCAUGACGGACCCUGUAAGUUCACAGGCGGCUGCUAAACUCGCCCUCCGCAAGCAGCUUGAGAAGACCCUCCUAGAGAUCCCGCCCCCGAAGCCCCCGGCUCCUCUACUCAACUUCCUGCCCAGUGCGGCCAAUAGCGAAUUCAUCUACAUGGUGGGACUGGAGGAGGUGGUGCAGAGCGUCAUAGACAGUCAAGUGAAAGGCUGCUCCUCCCUCCUGCACAUGGAUCCAUUCACCUGCGCUCAGUGCAGAACAGACUUCACUCCUCACUGGAAACGGGAGAAGAGCGGGAGGGUCCUGUGUGAGCAAUGCAUGACGUCCAAUCAGAAGAAAGCACUGAAGGCGGAGCACACCAAUCGGCUCAAGAAUGCCUUUGUCAAAGCCCUGCAGCAGGAGCAGGAGAUUGAGCAGCGAUUACAGCACCAGGCGUCCUUGUCCCCUGGCACCCCACCUACUGUCUCCUCCAAGCAGGACAACAUGAUAAGGCAUCACAGCCUGCGGCAGGCCACACAGUCACACAAUUCGCUGCAGCGAGGUCUCACCAACGCCAGGGCCAUGCUCUCUAACUUCGCUCAGGCACCGCAGCUUCCUGUUGCCGGCGGGUUACUGGCCAUGCCAGGAGUUAACAUUGCGUAUCUGAACGCUGGAAUGGGGGGCCACAAAUCCACCAGCCUGGCAGAUCGACAACGUGAAUACCUUCUGGACAUGAUCCCCCCACGUUCCAUAUCGCAACCCAUCAGUGGUCAGAAAUAGCCCUUCUAUGCACUGACCCCUCCCCUGCAGCGACUUCCCCAUGGCGUGACCCGGUGAGUGGACUGAACCAGCUCCAGACACAGAGUAAACCCGGCCGCACCCCCAAGCAGCGUAUUAAGGAUUUUAAGUGUUUGUGCUUUACCCCCCUCGGACUCGGCUUCGUUCAUUUUUGUCUUUUUUAAUCUGAUUUUUAUUUUUGCUGGUGACACAAGCUUUCUAUGAUGUUUUAUUUCCCCUUUCUUAUGAACUUUGUGCUGAAAGUGACUGGCCGGGGGCCAUAUGGGUGUUUUUUCAUAAAGAAAAAAAAUAUUGAAAUAUCUGCCAACAUGAUCGUCCGAUGGAUUGGAACGGCCUCUUCGUGGAUGUUGGGGGUCAGGCAGUUGAGUGGUCGUCAGAUGAAGGGCAGGUGCUAAUGGGGGGUAACUUUUUAUGGAAAUUCAAGAUGGCCGUCCAGUGGCGCAGACUGGUGCCUCAGAGUUCUGAUUUCUGUUAAAGUGAAACUUUCCUUGUUUUCCCUGGGAGCGCUACUUUGUGGCCCCGCCUUUCCUGCUCACCGAUGCUGCCACCGCCUCCUCCUCUCUGGAGGCGCAGUAUGAUGUCAUCAUUCAGGGCUUAUCCUUAAAGGAGAGGCAUUACCCCCCCACCAUCGCCUCUAUUUGCACUACGGACCUAUGAGACUUAAAGAGGAGCCAGUGGUACUUUCAUGGACUACCAGCCACUCCUCCCUGUCCCUUGGAAUUGACCGUUCCACCUGGAUUUGUGGCAUAACCAGACCUGGCAACGGUUUCACCCCAGAUGCACUUCAUAACAUACAACCUCUUCAGGCACAAAAGAUCAGCUUGGGGUCUGGUCAUGUGUCAAGGGGUGUGGGGUUUGAAGGAAAACAUUAGCCAUGGAGGGCUUUUAUCAUUGCCAGUAACCACUGCUGGGGCUGUUAGUAGUUGCCCCCUUUAUCCGAGUGCCAUCACUAUAAUGUCUGCACUGUGCCCCGGGGAAAUGCACAGGUUAAAUAUUCCCCAGUUGUAUUUCAAGCUGGACAACAAGAGUCCAACAAGCACUUAGCCCUUUGAAUACAGAGAGGUCACAUGACCAUAAGCUAACCCGCGAAACAAAUCAGUGUUCAACUCCAGGCGGACAUGGCCAGAUUCCUAGCCGACCCCUGAGCUUCUUCCUGUGGAAAAACAAAAGUAUUUAGUACACAGGUUAAAUAUUGACUUUAUGAUGGAUUCAUUGUGAGGUCUUAAAGUACAGUCAAUGGUUUGAUGGGGUAGUUACCCUUUGAAAAUAAGUCUUUAAGGGUUUGCUAUUCUGAGCGAGUUCCUUUCAUUCCAUGCAGCAGUUCAGGUGGCACUGUUCUAUGGCACGCUAUGGAAAUAUACAUUCUUUCAGCGACACUGGCGAGAUAUGGUACAACCGGUAACUUCACGUGACAAAACCAACAGUGAUCUUCAAAAGAAGGUUCUCUCUGAUCCGUGCAACCUUCGUAAUGACCUCGAUUUGCUUUACAACUUGAGUUUGAGCCGUAAAAAAGCAAAUUCUUUCUAAACGCUGUUCUGUCGGAGCCGAGGUGGGUUGAGGAGAAAGGGGUGUUUGGGAAGAGGGCGUGAACUUAAUGGGCUCCCCGAGGAAUGAUGUUUUGCAACACUUAGUGAAGUUGAAUAUUCAAGGAAGAAUAGUUUGAAGGUUAACAAGAGUGCAGCAAGGUGGAGUUUAGACAAUGGUUGGGGCAAAAACAAGACCGCCCACCUGCUGUUGUCCAAAUUCCAAUAAAUCAUCCCCUGCCGCUAUGCAUUGGCGCACGUGCGGAGAUGAUGUACUACCUGACUCCACAUCCACGUGUCAAACCAAGCCAUGGUGACUUUUUACAUUCCUCAUGUGGACCUUCGAUCAUGUAGAUCUUACUCAAGGUCGCACCCCAGUAUCGUUAUCCAAGGACAAAGUUCAGUAUUUCCCUUCCAAACCCCCUUCUUUCUCUCUAUAGGAAGGAACUCAGUAUUUCCCUUCCAAGUUCCAUCACACGAGGGUCCAGCUCAGUAUUUCCCUUCUACUCCUUUCUCCCAAGGAAGCAGUUCCAGUUCUAUCACCCAAGAAACAAGCUCAGCAUUUCCCUUCCAAGUUCUAUCACCCAAGGAUCAAGUUCAGUAUUUCCAUUAUUUCCCUUCAAAGUUCUAUCACCCAAGCAUCAAGCUCAGUAUUUCUCUUCCAAGUUCUAUCACCCUAGGAUCAAGCUCAGUAUUUCCGUUCCAAGUUCUAUCACCCUAGGAUCAAGCUCAGUAUUUCCGUUCCAAGUUCUAUCACCCUAGGAUCAAGCUCAGUAUUUCCGUUCCAAGUUCUAUCACCCAAGGGUCAAGCUUAGUUUUUCCCUUCCAAGCUCUAUCACCCAAGGAUCAAGUUCAGUAUUUCCCUUCCAAGUUCUAUCGCCCAAGCAUCAAGCUCAGUAUUUCCCUUUCAAGUUCUAUCACCCAAGGAUCAAGCUCAGUAUUUCCCUUUCAAGUUCUAUCACCCAAGUAUCAAGCUCAGUAUUUCCCUUCCAAGUUCUAUCGCCCAAGCAUCAAGCUCAGAAUUUCCCUUUCAAGUUCUAUCACCCAAGGAUCAAGUUCAGUAUUUCCCUUCCAAGUUCUAUCACCCAAAGAUCAAGUUCAGCCUUUCCCUUCUAAUCUUCUCUCCCAAGGAAGUAGCUCAGUAUUUUCUUUCCAAGUUCUAUCACCAAGCAUCAAGCUCAGUAUUUACCUUCCAAGUUGUAAUGGCCAAGGAAGCAGCUCAGUAUUUGCCUUCCAAGUUCUACCACCCAUGGAUCUAGCUCAAUAUUUCCCUUUCAAUGAUCCCAAGACAGCAGCUCUGUAUAUCAAUUCCAAAUUUUAUCCCCCAAGGAUCAAGCUCAGUAUUUCUCUUUAAAUGUUCUCAACCAAGGACACAACUCCAUAUUUUCCUUCCUGUUGACACUUCAUUUUAUACUCAUUCUUGUAGGUAACAGCCAUCCCAGUAUUGCUAGAUUAAAGUGCUACAAUGAUAUCCAGCAUCUCAUACCCCACUCUCUUAUGCAAUGACUUUAUUCUCCCUCCCGAUAACUCUCCGCUGAACUGUUGUAUUUUAGUGGUGAGGGAAGGUACCUUGAGAUUUCAUUUGUUUCUAUGAAAGUUAAAAUCUUUAUCUGCAGCCGUAACGUGCUAAUUUCGCUUCUGUUUCCAUGCCAGUGGCUCUUUCUUUUCUCUCUGUAUAUAAAGCUAUUUCUGGACAAGUAAAGUCAAAAUAAACUACAGAAAAAAAAAACUGUAUAUUGUGUAAAAAAUAAAAAAAGCAAAAAAAGGUCAAUUGAACCCACACGGACCAGAGUUUAAUAGUGUGCGACUUUGUCAUUGUAUAUUGUAGCGUGUGUGCACUGAACAAAAACGUGCAAAAGGCAGUGUCUGACUCAUGAGAACGUUUUGGGGACACAUUUUUACUAAAAAAAAUUAGUACCUUUAUACUGGAAGUGAAAUCAUUUUGUUUAGAAAGAAAUAUUCUGUAGAGAAACAGUUUGGCAGUUUGGCAGUUUGUUGAUUCGCUUCAAAUGUCUAACAAAAAGCUCACUUGCUCAAAGUGAAACAGUUCAUUGAAUACUGGAACUGGAUUCAUGAUUUUGUUUAGCACAAUGAAUUCAGAAGAAAAACAGUUCAUUGAUUCGCCUAAAUGUGUCCAACUAGAAAGUUCACUUGCUCAAAGUGAAACAGUUCAUUGAAUACUGGAACUGAAUUAAUGAUUUUGUUUAGCAAGAUGUAUUAAGAAGAAAAACAGUUCAUUAAAUCGCCUUAAUGUGUCCAACUAGAAAGUUCACUUGCUCAAAGUGAAACAGUUCAUUGAAUACUGGAACUGAAUUCAUGAUUUUGUUUGGCACAAUGUAUUCAGAAGAAAAACAGUUCAUUGAUUCGCCUAAAUGUGUCCAACUAGAAAGUUCACUUGCUCAAAGUGAAACAGUUCAUUGAAUACUGCAACCGAAUUAAUGAUUUUGUUUAGCAAGAUGUAUUAAGAAGAAAAACAGUUCAUUAAAUCGCCUUAAUGUGUCCAACUAGAAAGUUCACUUGCUCAAAGUGAAACAGUUCAUUGAAUACUGGAACUGAAUUCAUGAUUUUGUUUGGCACAAUGUAUUCAGAAGAAAAACAGUUCAUUGAUUCGCCUAAAUGUGUCCAACUAGAAAGUUCACUUGCUCAAAGUGAAACAGUUCAUUGAAUACUGGAACUGAAUUCAUGAUUUUGUUUGGCAAGAUGUAUUAAGAAGAAAAACAGUUCAUUAAAUCCACUUAAUGUGUCCAACUAGAAAAUUCCCAUGAUCAAAGUGAAACAGUUCAUUGAAUACUGGAACUGAAUUAAUUGAUUUUCUUUAGCACGACAUAUUCAGAAGUAAAACAGCUCAAUGAAUACUGGAAUUGAAUUAAGAGAUUUUGUUUAGCAAGAUGUAUUCAGAAGAAAAAACUCAUUGAUUUGCCUUAACGUGUCCCAGUAGAAAGUUCACUUGCUCAAAGUGAAACAGUUCAUCGUAUACUGAAUUAAUGAUUUUGUUUAGUAAGAUGUAUUAAGAAGAAAAACAGUUCAUUAAAUCGCCUUUAUGUGUCCAAGUAGAAAGUUCACUUGCUCAAAGUGAAACCGUUCGUUUACAACUGAAAUGAUUAAUUAAUUUUGUUUAGCAAGAUGUAUUUGGAAGAGAAACAAUUCAUUGAUUUGCCCUUGUGUCCAACUAGAAAUCUCAGUUCCAAUAUUCAAUGAAUUAUUUUAUUUAGGAGGAUGUAUUUGAGAGAUGUUUUUAAAAGAGAAACAGUUUAUUGAUUCGCCUUAAUGUGUCCAACUAGAAAGUUCACUUUCUCAAAGUGAAACAGUUCAUUGAAUACUGGAACUGAAUUCAUGAUUUUGUGUAACAAGAUGAAUUCAGAAGAAAAAACUCAUUGAUUUGCCUUAACGUGUCCAACCAGAAAAUUCACUUGCUCAAAGUGAAACAGUUCAUGCUUUCUGGAGUCAAUGAUUUUGUUUAGCAGGAUGAAUUUAGAAGAAAACCCGUUCAUUGCUUCGCCUUAAUGUUUCCACCUUGAAAGUGAAACAGUUCAUCCCGUUCACCUUAAUAUGUCUGACUAUAAAAUUCACUUCCACUGGCAUUUAUAUUGUCCCCUGUGUGACACUGCCUCUUGCACAGAUUUUAGUUGUCUCCCCCCCCCCAUGAAUUUGGGGCUCCAAAAUCCUGUUCAUGAAUCUAGGUUUAAGACUGCGUGUGGUUUUUAUCCACAAACUCGCCCGCAGUGGCCGAUAACCGGGAUAAGUGAAAUAAUACAUUUUUUGGAGAAAGGAUUUAAAAAAGAAAAAAACCUUUGUAAUAUUUAUCACUCACAAACUCCGUUUAAUAAAGAAAGGAACGGUUUAUAACUUUU